UUUGGAAAGCUUUUUGCACUGAAGUUAGCAUAACAGGUGACUUUCCUUUUAGGUAUAUUUGCACCAGGAAUUAUUAAGUGCAUCCAAUGUAUCUCGAAUAAUGAAAUAUAGGAAAAGCUGAUCUUGCUGAAUUGGAUGGACCAUUUGUGAAGAUCAGUCUCAAAGGUAGGUUCACUAAAAAAAAAAAAAACGCGUUUUUGCUACCGAUGCGAACGACAAAAAUCGGUCACAAUUUUGCGAUGAUUUUGCGACCAAUUGCGAUGAUUGUGAGAGUGAAUAUCUUGCGACGGAUUUGCAACCAAACGGCGAUAGGAUCUGCGAUCGAUUUUAUAUCUGUCGCUAAUUGUAGCUCUAAUGAUUACCGCCAGUUUGGUUAUCAUUUUGCGACAUGUUUAAGACGCAUUUGGGACUGAUUUUGCGAUGGAUGUGCGACAAUCUAGUUGUCCGUCGCAAAAUUGCACGUUGCAAAUUCAGCAUCAAAUUCACUUUUUCGUUUGCGAAAGAUUAGCGACCGAUUUGCGACUGACUGUUUGCGACUGACUGUUAUGGUCGCAAAUCGGUUGCAAUUUGCUCCACAUUAAAAUGACAUCGCAAAAUUGAAAAUUUCAAUCGAUUUUUUAUAUAAUUUGCGACCGAUUUGUCGUUCGCAAAAUUUAGAGCUUUAUUAUGCGAUCAGCCUCCUCCUUCUUUCUUCUCCUCCCCCGUUUGCAGCAUCGUCCUAGCCAUAUGCAGCGCUGUUCCCAACCGUUUGCUGCCUCCUUCUCCACUCUAUUGCAACGUCAGUCGCCGGAGAAUCCCUUCUCCUCUUCAUUCGCGGUCGUCAGGUCAGAUCGAGGGGAUCCAUCGCGCCACCUCGCCACCGCCUCCCGCCGCAGUAGCUACGCCAUCUCAAUCCACUAUUCAGCAAUUGAAAAUGAAUAUGGACCCAUGGAAUAUGAACUUGGUGCACCUGGUAAAGCUUACUCCUACUGGGCAGCAAAAAUGGCUGUAGGUCUUGGCACUGGCGUCCCAUGGGUCAUGUUCAAGCAAGAUGAUGCCCCAGAUCCUGUUAUUAACACCUGCAACGGUUUCUACUGUGACUAUUUCUCUCCAAACAAACCUUAUAAACCCAAGAUGUGGACUGAAGCCUGGACUGGCUGGUUUACUGAAUUUGGAGGUGCAGUUCCUUACAGACCAGCUGAAGACUUGGCAUUUUCAGUUGCAAGGUUUAUACAGAAAGGAGGAUCAUUCAUAAAUUACUACAUGUAUCAUGGAGAAACAAAUUUUGGGCGAACUGCUGGUGGUCCAGAAACAAAUUUUGGGCGAACUGCUGGUGGUCCUUUCAUCGCUACAAGUUAUGAUUAUGAUGCUCCUAUUGAUGAAUACGGACUAAUCAGGCAACCUAAAUGGGGUCAUUUAAAGGAUUUGCACAGAGCAAUUAAGUUGUGUGAACCAAAUGUGAUGCCACUUGGAAAUUAUCAAGAGGCUCAUGUAUUUAAAUCAAAAUCUGGAGCUUGUGCAGCAUUCCUUGCAAAUUACAAUCAGAAAUCAUUUGCAAAAGUGGCUUUUGGGAAUAUGCAUUACAAUUUACAUCCAUGGUCUGUCAGCAGUCUUCCAGAUUGCAGGAACACCGUUUACAACACAGCAAGGCUUGGCGCACAAAGUGCUCGAAUGAAAAUGACUCCUGUUCCUAUGCAUGGAGGAUUCUCUUGGCAGGCAUACAGUGAAGAGACAUCUGCAGAAGGUGACCACACCUUUACAAUGGUUGGCUUGCUGGAGCAGAUAAACACUGCUAGAGAUGUGACAGACUAUUUGUGGUACUCAACAGAUGUUCAUAUCAACCCCAAUGAAGGCUUUCUGAAGAGCGGAAAAUAUCCUGUUCUUACUGUUCUAUCAGCUGUCCAUGCUUUGCAUAUUUUUGUCAAUGGUGAAUUAUCAGGAACUGCAUAUGGAAGUCUAGAAUCCCCAAAGUAGACAUUUAGUCAAGGUGUCAAGAUGAGAGCUGGUAUCAACAAAAUUUCUCUUCUCAGUAUUGCUGUCGGACUCCCGAAUGUUGGUCCACGCUUUGAGACAUGGAAUGCUGGUAUACUUGGACCUGUGACAUUGAAUGGUCUCAACGAAGGAAGGAAGGAUCUGUCUUGGCAGAAGUGGACCUACAAGAUUGGUCUAAAUGGAGAAGCAUUGAGUCUUCAUUCACUGAGUGGGAGUUCAUCAGUUGAGUGGACACAAGGGUCUUUUGUGUCUCAUAGACAGCCACUCAUGUGGUAUAAAACCAUGUUCAAUGCUCCGAGGAAGGCAGGAAAUACCCCAUUGGCUUUAGACAUGGGUAGCAUGGGUAAAGGUCAAGCAUGGAUAAAUGGACAGAGUGUUGGACGAUAUUGGCCUGCAUACAAAUCAUCUGGAGAUUGCAGUUUCUGUAAUUAUGCUGGAACUUAUAAUGAGAAGAAAUGCUUAAGUAAUUGUGGGGAGGCUUCUCAAAAAUGGUAUCAUGUCCCUCGUUCUUGGCUAAAUCCAACAGGGAACUUGUUGGUGGUGUUUGAAGAAUGGGGCGGAGAUCCAAAUGGGAUUUCUCUGGUUAGAAGGGAAGUAGACAGUGUAUGUGCUGAUAUUUAUGAGUGGCAGCCAACUUUAAUGAACUACAUGAUGCAAGCCUCUGGUAAAGUCGACAAGCCAUUGAGGCCUAAAGUCCAUCUACAAUGUGGCACUGGGCAGAAAAUCUCAUCAAUUAAGUUUGCCAGCUUUGGAACACCAGAAGGGGCUUGUGGAGGCUACCGUCAGGAGUGUAACGCCUUUCAUUCUUAUGAUGCUUUUAACAGGCUUUGUGUUGGGCAGAACUGGUGCUCAGUAACUGUAGCACCCGAUAUGUUUGGAGGAGAUCCAUGUCCUAAUGUCAUGAAAAAACUAGCUUUGGAGGCUGUUUGCACCCGAUAUGGAAAGCCUUUGGUUUUCUGCAAUGCUAUUAUAUGUUCUUUUUCUUGUACAUGUAAUCUUCUUGGGAAAACAAUUCCUUCACUGCUUUUCUUGUAACUUGUAAGAAAGUUUCUUGAGGUUUGAAAAAAAGAUCGAUGCUUAUCAACUAUUAAGAUCAUUUUUAAGAAGUUUUGCUGGAUUACUGUAUACAUUUCUUAUGCUGAAGUUUUAUUCUUCUGCAAGUCAAGAAAAUUAAGAUGCUAAA